AUGUCAGGAGAUUUAGCUCUACAGACAAAAAACCGACACUUUUCCACUAAGAGGUACCUCCUCAUUACCUGUGUGGCCUUCCUUUUUCUCGGCAGUAUCGCAGCUGUGCUGAGUCUCUCAGUUAUCUUUGGAAUACCUGUGAAACCUACAAGCCCAUCAUACCGACGAUGUCAAACAGCUUCAAAGCAGCUUGGCUUUUUGUGUGAUGAUCUCACCACCUGCUUACCACCAUCCCUGCUUUGUAAUAGAAAGCUAGACUGCAAUCAUGGAGAAGAUGAAUCCACAGCAUAUUGUGGUCAAAUGCCCAGCAGUCUACCUCAAAACCUGCUAUUUAAGUGCCCUAACCAGAAGUCAUGGACUUACAUAGACAAAGUUUGCGACAUGAGAAAUGAUUGUGGAGAUUGUUCAGAUGAAUCAGGUUUGCAGUGCCCAAUCUGUUCAGGCUGGAGGUGCAAUACAGUUUUCUUUGCUGAUUGUGACUGCAUCCCCAAAGUGCGCUGCAAAGAUGGCAUACAAGACUGUGCUGACUGGAGUGAUGAAAAUACAUGUGUGUAAAAGAUUAAUCCCACCCAUCUCUGACUUCUAGAAAGCCAAAACUUUGUUUCCAAAUCAGCAAGACUUAAAAAAAAAAAGUUCUAUGUUUAAAAGAUUUCCUAAACAAAUGAAUACACAAAUACAUGAGUCUUGUUUUUAACUGCUGGAGUUCAUUUCUGGAGACUGAUCCAGACCAUAUAAUACAGUGUAACAUUUGAAAAAUGUUAAGAUUCCAUCACUAAUACUUAGUCAUUAAUAAGAAUUUUCUUCUACUAACACAAUUCAAGUAAAAGGAUCAUCCAAUUCCAUAUACUGUCUGGCUAAUUCAGUCCCAAAAAGAUAUAUAGUUAAACCCAAAGAAAUUCUUUUACUUGGAAGAGGCAUACCAAAUGUCUUAAUUUUAUAAUUCUUCCAAGACGAAAGGAACCUAAAGAAAUUUAGUCUAUUUCAGUAAUUGUAGACAUAGGAAUUCAAAUUCAAAUAAGGUAUAAUGUACUGAACACAAAAUAACCAGAAAUCGAUUCUAAGUAUCCACUAACUCCAAACUGUAUCUAUACCCAACUACUUGCCAUGUCUUAAAAUUCCUAUAACUACUCACUUCAUAAGGAUCUACUAAAGACAUGUAUUUUGAAUGAGUUGUGGCAAUCCAAUCUAUGAGAUGUAAUUUAGUUAUCCAGUCUUGAAAAAAGGAUAAAUAGGACAAUUAUUUAGAAAAGCUCCUAGAAUGCUUGAGAACUCUGGGAUAGCAUGAGGGUAUUGCUAUAUUUGGGUAGUCAUCUGUUGCUAAUUGUCCUGUAAUAGUUUGUUAUGAGAUAUAAUUGGCCAAGAAUUUUGUGCUUAUUUAUAAAUAGGGUUGGAAAGUAACAAGUGGUCAGAAACUUCAUUUAAAUUUUUUUAAAAAUUUAGACUACAAUUAAACUGGCAUUCCACAUGUGAGUAAACAACACAAAGCAAAAGACACAAGAUUCAUUCUGGGUUUAACAGAAUCUGACAUUUGGAUACCUACUAAUUUGGGAGCUAAAUUUGUUAGGAUAAUUACUGCUUUAAGGGUGAGAAUAGGUAGCAGUUUGCAGAAGGUUCUCAAAUAUUUGUUGACUGAAGGAGACAAAACUUGUAACAGAAAACUACUGGGAAACUACUUUUAGGGAAGUUAUUUUUUACCUUAUCCCUGGUAACAUCUUUAUAGACUUUUAGGAACAAACUCCUCCCCACACAACCCCACAGGUUGUAAUUUUCAAACUUCUAAUAAAGGAAUAAUUUUUUAAAACUCACACUUUUGUAGGAUACAAUAGUAGAGAGAACAGUUGUACUUUUAAAGCAUGUGAAAACAAAGGAGUGGGUCUCCUAGAUUCUAAAACAAUCUCUCCAUUUUCUAAACUUUUUAAUUCUGCUAGAACAUAAGCAUCCCUCCCUUAAAAAAAAAAAUAACACAUUAUUUCCCAAUAAGGAUAUAAACUUCUCACGAACUUAGUACUUUGUGCUUAAAAAGAUUCAAUGGAUGGAUUUGCUCACUGUGAAUAAUUUACCAAAAUUAAUAGUGUCACUUUCCUGAAAGAUCAUAUGUUUCUAUCCAUUAAAUACU